AUGGGUAAAAAGGAUAAAAGUGACCGUGUCAAGAAGUCCAAAAAGCGUGUGUAUGAUGAAGAGGAAGAUGAAGAUGAUUUUGGAGGCAGUGAGCCGCAGGAGGCUGUGCCUGCUGCAGCUGGGAAACAGGUGGAUGAAUCUGGAACUAAAGUGGAUGAGUACGGAGCCAAAGACUAUCGCUCUGAGAUGCUACUGAAGAAUGACCAUUCAUCACGCCCGCUCUGGGUGGCUCCUGAUGGACACAUUUUUCUUGAAGCCUUCUCCCCUGUCUAUAAAUACGCCCAGGAUUUCUUGGUGGCCAUAGCUGAGCCAGUGUGUCGGCCGAACCACGUCCACGAGUACAAGCUGACUGCCUACUCCCUGUAUGCAGCUGUCAGUGUGGGCCUUCAGACAUCAGACAUUGUGGAGUACCUACAAAAACUUAGCAAGACUUCUGUUCCCGAUGGAAUAAUACAGUUUAUAAAACUCUGUACUGUGAGUUAUGGUAAAGUCAAGCUGGUUCUGAAGCACAAUAGGUACUUUGUUGAGAGUGCCUUCCCUGAUGUGAUCCAGCGUUUGCUUCAGGACAACGUGAUCCGUGAAUGUCGACUUCGUAAUGCAGAUGGAGGGGACACCGAGCUCAUCACCGAAGUUAUCCACAGCAAAUCAGCGAUUUUGAAAACUCUGGAAAAAGGAGAAGCCUCUUCAUCUCAAACUGCUGAUGGUUCAACUCAGCAGGUUCCAGAGGACAUUUUUAGCUACUAUGAGCAAAUGGACAAAGAUGAAGAGGAGGAGGAAGAGACUCAAACCGUUUCAUUUGAAAUUAGACAAGAAAUGAUUGAGGAGCUUCAAAAGCGUUGCAUUACUUUGGAAUACCCGUUGUUAGCAGAGUAUGACUUUCGUAAUGAUUCGGUGAACCCAGACAUCAACAUUGACCUGAAGCCCACUGCUGUGCUGAGGCCUUAUCAAGAAAAGAGCCUGCGUAAGAUGUUUGGAAAUGGGCGCGCUCGCUCAGGAGUCAUUGUACUGCCCUGCGGCGCUGGUAAAACCCUUGUGGGGGUAACGGCUGCGUGCACUGUCCGGAAACGGUGUCUUGUUUUGGGGAAUUCUUCUGUCUCAGUGGAGCAGUGGAAAUCACAGUUCAAGAUGUGGUCCACAAUUGACGACUCUCAAAUCUGUCGCUUCACUUCUGACGCUAAGGACAAACCCAUUGGCUGCUCUGUGGCCAUUAGCACUUAUUCUAUGUUGGGUCACACCACCAAGCGCUCAUGGGAAGCCGAAAGGGUCAUGGAGUGGAUGCGUAAUCAAGAGUGGGGACUCAUGAUAUUGGAUGAGGUUCACACUAUCCCUGCCAAGAUGUUUCGUCGUGUCCUGACCAUUGUCCAGGCUCAUUGCAAAGUGGGACUCACAGCUACGUUGGUCAGAGAGGAUGACAAAAUUGUGGAUCUAAACUUCCUGAUCGGACCUAAACUGUACGAGGCCAACUGGAUGGAGUUACAGAAUAAUGGGUAUAUUGCCAAAGUCCAGUGUGCAGAGGUGUGGUGUCCAAUGUCUCCAGAGUUUUACCGAGAGUAUGUGGCUAUAAAAACCAAAAAGCGAAUCCUUCUCUACACUAUGAAUCCAAACAAGUUUAGAGCUUGUCAGUUUCUUAUUCGCUUCCAUGAAAGACGCAAUGACAAGAUUAUUGUCUUUGCCGAUAAUGUGUUUGCUUUGAAGGAAUAUGCUAUUCGACUCAACAAGCCCUACAUCUAUGGCCCAACCUCUCAAGGAGAGAGGAUGCAGAUCCUUCAAAACUUCAAGCACAACCCAAAGAUUAACACAAUAUUUAUCUCCAAGGUCGGAGACACAUCAUUUGACCUGCCAGAAGCAAAUGUUCUUAUUCAGAUCUCAUCUCACGGUGGAUCACGGAGACAGGAAGCCCAGAGGCUGGGAAGGGUUCUGAGGGCCAAAAAAGGAAUGGUUGCUGAGGAAUACAAUGCCUACUUUUAUUCACUGGUGUCCCAGGACACACAGGAGAUGGCGUAUUCCACAAAAAGACAGAGGUUCUUGGUUGACCAGGGCUACAGCUUUAAGGUAAUCACGAAGUUGGCAGGAAUGGAUGAAGAAGAACUUAUGUUUUCCACACGGGAUGAGCAGUACCAGCUCCUUCAAAAAGUUCUGGCAGCUUCAGACUUGGAUGCAGAGGAGGAGAUUGUGAUUGGUGAGGUGGGCGGUCGGCCACAGAUUGUGAGACGAUCAGGAACAAUGAGCUCUAUGUCUGGAGCAGAUGACGCCGUUUACAUGGAGUAUCAGAGCCGCGGCAGUAAAUCUUCUUUGGCAAAAAACAUUCACCCACUUUUCAAGCGUUUCAGAAAGCUCUAG